AUUUAGGGCUGGCGGCCAGGGCGGCUCCGUAACCGCCGCUUCCGCCUUCGCCAGGUGAGGGUCCAAGGGAGCGGGGCCGCCAGGGACCGGGCCUGGCCGGGCAGCCGCCGCUUGAGGGAGCCUUCUGCAGACAUGCUCCCCGAGGCGAGCUCGCUGUGGCUGCUGCGGCUGCUUCGCGACAUCCAGCUAGCCCAGUUUUACCGACCCAUCCUCGAGGAGCUUAAUGUUACCCGGCCAGAGCACUUCGACUUUGUCAGGCCCGAGGACCUGGACGGCAUUGGCAUGGGCCGGCCUGCCCAGCGCAGACUCGCCGAAGCUCUGAAGAGGCACCGUUCAGGACUCAAGACUAAAAACUGGGUAUACAAGAUCCUUGGGGGAUUUACACCCGAGCAGAAGGAGACCAUCCCACCUUCAGACAGCCCCCCGGCCCUCCCUGAUCAGGAAGGGGGGCUCAAGUGUCUGAUCCCAGACAGUGCUGUGUGCAGAGGGGAGCUGCUGGGCUCUGGCUGCUUUGGAGUGGUGAACCGGGGGGUAUGGACACUGCCCAGCGGCCAGAGUGUCCCCGUGGCUGUCAAGUCCCUCCGGGUGGGUCCUGAAGGCCCCAUGGGCACAGAGCUGGGGGACUUCCUUCGAGAGGUGUCAGUCAUGAUGAGCUUGGAGCACCCACACGUGCUGCGUCUACACGGCCUGGUCCUGGGCCAGCCUCUGCAGAUGGUGAUGGAGCUGGCGCCGCUGGGCUCCCUGCAUGCGCGCCUCACCGCCCCGCCGCCCACACCGCCACUGCCCGUUGCCCUGCUCUGCCUCUUCCUGCGGCAGCUGGCGGGGGCCAUGGCGUACCUGGGGGCCCGGGGGCUGGUGCACCGUGACCUGGCCACGCGCAACCUGCUGCUGGCAUCCCCGCGCACUGUCAAGGUGGCCGACUUCGGGCUGGUGCGCCCGCUGCGCGGUGCCCGGGGCCGCUACAUCAUGGGCGGGCCCCGCCCCAUCCCCUACGCCUGGUGUGCUCCAGAGAGCCUGCGCCAGGGGGCCUUCUCUUCUGCGUCGGACGUGUGGAUGUUUGGGGUGACACUGUGGGAGAUGUUCUCUGGGGGCGAGGAGCCCUGGGCCAGGCUCUCCCCGUACCUCAUCCUGCAGCGGCUGGAACAGGAUCGGGCCCGGCUGCCUCGGCCUCCCCUCUGCUCCAGAGCUCUCUACGCCCUCGCCUUGCGCUGCUGGGCCCCCCACCCAGCCGACCGGCCUAGCUUUUCCAACCUGGAGGGGCUGCUCCAAGAGGCCUGGCCUCCCGAGGGACGUUGUGUGAGGGAUGUCAUGGAGCCAGGCGCCCUAAGAAUGCAGACGGGUGACCCCGUCACCAUCAUCGAGGGCAGCCCUGAUUCCACAACCUGGAAGGGCCAGAACGGCCGCACCCUCAAAGUGGGGAGCUUCCCAGCCUCAGCAGUGACGCUGGCAGACUCGGGGGGCUCACCAGCUCCCCACCUACUCCACAGAGUCUUCCCCCCGGCCCAGGGCGAGCGGCGCCAGGGAAACAUAGAUGGGGACCGCGGGAAGGCAAAGCUUCGGGAUUUACCUCCAGCUCGGGGCCAGAGAAGGCACAUGCCCCUGCAGAAGAUGAAAGUUAUUUCCAAGAGUCUGGAGUCCGUUCUGUCCCUGGGCCCCCGCCCCACAGGGGGUGGUUCAAGCCCCCCCGAACUUCGCCAUGCCAGAGCUGUGCCCCAGGGACCCCCAGGCCUGCCAUCCCGACCUCCCUUUGCCUGCAGCCCUUCUCAGCCCAGCCAGCCCCCCAGGGAGCAGCCUCCCUGGCCCAAAAGAGAACCCCCUCACGGUCACCCCUCGGGAGCAUCUGGAGCUAGCAAAGCCACCGUCCCCUCUGGAGGCCUCUCGCCAGACUCCGAGUUGCAGAGGCAGAUUAUGGAGGUGGAGCUGAGCGUGCAUGGAGUCACCCACCAGGAGUGCCAGGCCGCGCUGAGGGCCACCGGGGGAGACGCGCUUUCUGCCAUCCGGAACCUCAAGGUGGACCAGCUCUUCCAUCUGAGUAGCCGCUCCCGAGCUGACUGCCGACGCAUUCUGGAACACUACCAGUGGGAUCUCUCGGCUGCCAGUCGCUAUGUCCUGGCCCGGCCCUGAGCUCUGCCCCUGGGGGUUGGAUACCAGCCUGGAUCAAGGGCCUGGCCGCGUGUGACCAGCAGAACCAGAACAGGCCCUGUCAGGAGGCAGAACGUCCCACCUGGGCAGAUGGUGCCCUAGGCAGGAACAGGAGGAGCCCAGGGUCACGCACUGACGAGUGGCUCCUGCCCUUAUGCCCCUGGGCCUCUGAGGGCUCCAGCUCCCUCGGCUGGUUCCUAGAAAGAUCUAGUCUGGUCUGCCUACCACAUUCCCAACCAAGAGAAUUUGGAGGGACAGAGCUGCCACACAUCACAUCCGCAGGAAGCUUCCACUUGCUACAGAGAACAAGCCAACGGGCACGCUGGACCGCAGGAACAGCCAUUGCGAACUGCCCUCCGCUCCCACAUGGACUCUGUGGGCGCAGCCAUCUUGGAUGCUAGAAGCAACUGUACUGACUUGGGGUGCGUGGCCCAGACUGCCCUGGCUUGGUCCAGGGCCAUAAUGGAUGAAGGUGCCCUCUUGAAAUCAAGGACACUGGGUCUUGGCAGCAUGGAUGAUGAAACAGGCCAGCCCCCACCCAGCCCAGCCGUCAUCUAUCCCUUGGUUUCUUCCCAUACCAGCUCUCUCCUCUCUCCCAUUACAUAUAUCUUCCAGUA